CCUCCUCCCGCCAUGUCCGUCUACCCCCUAGCAAGAUGUCUGAUCCGGAUUCCGCCCCAGCGGAGCGGCGCGCGUACGUUGAGCGCUCGCGUCAGGCGUCCGGACGUCGUUUCAGAGCCACCCCCUUCCCCUGUGCCACCCCAUGGGGUUCACUUUUCAGCAUUUACUAAAAGUCUUCGGCCUCUUCGUGCUCUCUCGCUCACACGCUCUCUGUGGGUUGUUGUUGCUGCCGCUUGAAACCUAGUUUGUUGUUGUUGCUGUUUUAAACCCGUAACAAUUAGAGAGGGGGCUGGGUUUAUUUUUUUUUUAAUAUAGAUAUUUAAGCAAAAACACGCAGAAGUUAAAGUUUUUAUUACUUUUCACGGUUAAAAGACGCCUUCAUGGCAAAACAUCAGCGGGCCACGUUGCGGCAAGUCAACCUCAUAGAAGUGAAAAGCAAGUUCGAGGCGGAGUUCCGCCGCUUCUCGCUGGCGCGCUCGCGGCCCAGCUGCUUCGACGAGUUCUACGAACUGCUGCGCCUCGUGCACUGCGCGCCGAGCGCCGAGCUGCUGGUGGGCUACGCCGACGUGCACGGGGACCUGCUGCCCAUCAACAAUGAUGACAACUACAUCAAGGCGCUGUCCACCGCCGCGCCGCUCCUCCGCGUCAUCCUCCAGCGCAAAGAGGAUGCCGACUACAACGCGUUUGGAACCAACAGCCUCUUGCGCAAGAAGAAGGUGGGCCUCCCGGGCCUCCCGGGCCUCCUCCACCCCCGAGACAAGCCGCGGCCCCACCGCGACAUCGGCCUCCCGCAGGACUUCCGUCCCGUGUCCUCCAUCAUCGACGCCGACAUCCUGCCCGAGAACGUGCGCCGAGUGAAGCUCUACAAGCAGGGCUCGGAGCGGCCUCUCGGCUUCUUCAUCCGCGACGGCACGAGCCUGCGCGUGAUGGCACGCGGCAUCGAGAAGGCGCCGGCCGUCUUCAUCUCGCGCCUCGUGCCAGGGGGCCUGGCCGAGAGCACCGGCCUCCUCGCCGUCAACGACGAAGUGCUGGAGGUGAACGGCAUCGACGUCGCCGGCAAGACGCUCGACCAGGUCACCGACAUGAUGGUGGCCAACAGCCGCAACCUCGUCAUCACCGUGCGGCCCGCAAACCAGCGUCCCGCCGCGGCCGGCGGGACGCUGUCCGGCGGGACGCUGUCCGGCGGGACGGGCACGACGCUGUCCGGCGGGACGCUGUCCGGCGGGACGGGCACGACGCUGUCCGCGACGUCGUCCUCCUCGUCUUCCGGCGGCGGCGCCAGGGGGGGGGGCGGUGGGGGGGCGGCGGCGGCGGCCGCGCGGAGCAACGGCGCCCCGGCCGGCGAGCGCCCGCCCUACGUCAUCACCAACUACACGGACGAGGACAGCGGCGAGGAGAGCGACGAGGACCUGGUGAUAGAUUCGCCGGCGGCGUUGUCGUCGUCGUCGUCGUCGGCGCCGUUCUCCCUGGAGCCCCUGCCGCUGUCGCCCAACGGGGAGCUGUCGCGGCGCUUCCGGUCGGACGCGGAGCUCAACGGAGGGGCUCAGGCGGAGAGGGCCGGGGGGUCGCGGGGGGGUGGCGGCGGCGGCGGGGGCGGCGGCGGGGGCGGCGGUGGCAAAGCGCCGGCGGUCGUGGCGAGAGGUCACGGGAACGGCGGCGCUCUGCAGCAGGGCAGCAUGGAGGAGGAUGGCACCGUCAUCACUCUGUGACGGCGGAAGCGCGUGGUGGCGGGGGGGUGGGGGGGGGCGUGGGAACGCGCGCGUGCGCGAUUUGAACUUUGACCUUCGAGGGCUGCGAUGGCGGGAUGUGCUGCGAGGUCACUGCGACCGGGCGUAGCGCGCGGGAGGAGGAGGUGUCGUCGUCUUGUUGAGAGAUCUUCUUCACGGUGGUGGUGGUGGUGGUGGUCGUAAUCUCGUCGUCGUCCGUCAUCGUUGAGCGUCGUCGCCGUCGUUUUUAAAUUUUCACUUUCCGUAAAUUUCCUCUCGUCGUAAUCGUCGCGUUGGUCCCGUUAGCGUCCGUUGUGUCUCGGCUGCGCUCGCCUUCGUCGCAGGUGUCCGUCGUCGUGGCUGUCGUUUUGAUUCUUGUCGUGUCGAUCAUGUUCGUCGUUAACGUCGUCGUCGUCGUCGUCGUAAUCAUCAUCGUUUUCGAACGUCAGAGUCAUCGCGUAUUAAUUAUCGACGUCUUGUCGAGGUUGAUGCCAUGUCGUCACAUCCAUUGCCGCCGUCGGCAUCGUCAGAAUAAUGACUGUCGUCGUCGACAUCAUGAUCAUCAGUGUCGUCACCAUCUCCGUUGCGAUCAUCUUCUUUGCCAUCAUUGUUAUCGUAUUUCAUUGCCAUCUUCAUUCUCACGUCAUCAUAAUCGGUCACCAUCUUCAUCAUCAGUUGUCCUGAUCCUCCAUUGUCAACACCAUUAUCAUCGUUAGUACGAGGCGAGCCGACUACUUCUACACAAAAGCACAGUCACUCUGGCUACUUCAUCUCUUUAUUACAUUGAGUCUUAAUAUCAUGAUUAUUAUUAUUAUUAUUUCUCAAUCGAGUCUCCUUGUCAUGUGGCUUUCUCUUAAGUAAUGUGCAGCACUGCUACUGACGCACGCGCUCCCAACCGGUUGUCUCCCCGGUAUCGGCAAAAUCGUCGCCUGCCGUUUCCGUGAAGACAUUUUAUCGGAUAGCAAACAAAUGAUGGUGAAAUUUUUGUGUUUUUUUUUAAUAAUCGUCUGUGGUUAACGACGCGGUGCAAAACGGCUCGGGGGGGGGGGGGGGGGGGGGGGGGGGCCGCUUGCGCGCCUGCACCGUCGGCCUGCCGGAAUGUUCUCCGUCACUUCCGCCACCGUCGUUCGUUGUUCGUUUUUUAAAGAAGUUAAAUAAAUAGAAUCCCCUUUGUCAGCUAGACCGCCGAGGGUUCUGGGUGGGCGGUCGAGCUGCCCCCCCCCCCCCCCCACACACACGUGGUUACGUCACAAAGCAGUCGUCGUCAUGUUGCGAUUGACGUCGCUCAUUUUAUUUACCCCAGAUGUUUUACUUCCCGAUGAAAUAUCUAUGAAAUUACAAGCACAAAACGCUAAAGUUCUUAGUCAUUAAAUAGCUUUUAUCCGUUAAAAUUCGUCGUGCUUUUGCAGAAAUUGCCGCAGUUUUGUCGCGAAUUCAAAUUACACUUGCCGCGAACUGACGGGCUCCCCCGUACGUGAUAAGCUUCGCAGAUUUGUAACUUGGCAAAUGAUUGGAAGGCUCGUUCGGCCGGCUUGCGUUGAGCGAACUGUUGGCCGAGAACAUUUAAAAUAAGCGAAUCUUUCUUUUCAGCGGAAUAAACAAUGCCGAUAGGUACGCGAUAUGCACAUUUCCUGUGCACGGUUACGGCACAGCGGUGCAACGCGGGGGAAUCGUGAGAUUUUAUAUCGUUCGGCGAGAAAUUAUUUUGGCGGCUGGCCGAGGCGGCGGAGAGGGCGGCGGUUGCGACGGCGGAGGGGAACGGGUGGCCUGCCUCGCAGGCCAAGGACAAACCAACAACAACAACA